AUGCUUUGCGACUUGAAUAUUCCCUGGCCCCAGACAGACUACUCCAGAAAGCCCUCGGCAACGGAAAUCGAUGAGCUAAAGCAGAUUGUCUUGAUCUUGGAAGAGUUCAGCUACACUCAUAUUGCGUUCAAUUUCCAGCUAAAUGCUGACACCAAAUUACCUGAUGAUAUAAACAAUGUGAAUCCGAUAAACUUGAGUCUAUUUACAGAGUUCCAUGACAGAAUCAAGAUAUAUACUCGAUUAACGUUUAUCGUAGAUGAUCCCUCAAAAUUUCAAAAUUUCAAAAAAAUAUCCAAUUAUUUUGAUAUUGUCUCGGUUCAGCCAAAGAGUGAAAAAAUAUUUACAAACUCAGUAUCUGGUUUUGAAAUGGAUAUGAUAUCUUUUAAUUUUUCAGAGAGACUUCCCUUUUUUUUGAAACACUCGCAGGUCUGUGGGGCUGUUAAUAAAGGUAUAAAAUUUGAAAUUAAUUACUCAACUGUGAUAUCUGGUCCAAAGGGUUUCAUUCAAUCAACGAUAGAUAAUAAAAAUAAUAACCAAAAUUCUAAGGAUAACAUCAAUAACAAAGAAUUAAUGCAUUCAAGAAAGAUCUUCUUCAAUAACGUGAAAUCAUUAAUAAGGACAUCAAGAGGCCGAGGACUAGUCUUCUCCAGUGGUGCUGUAAAUUCUUUACAAAUUAGAAGUCUGUUUGAUAUCAUAAAUUUUGCUGUUUUGUUGGGUUUAAAACAAUCAAGAGCUAAGACCUCGCUAGAUCUUAUACCUUCAAAGGUUUUAAUAAAUGGAAGACUAAGGAUAAAGUCUUAUAAACAAACUAUCAUGAUUGGAAAUGAU